CAGGUUUGCGCACAACCAGGACGACCAGCAACUCGCUCCACGAAACCAGUUUCACACGGGCCAAGUAAAGGCGCUAAUUGAAUUCCAAUCGUGCCCAUAAAUUUAAUUACAAGCGCUAUUUCAUGUGGAAAAAAAUUGCAUAAAAGAGUGACCGCAAUAAAAUUCAAAAACCUUGGCCACAGUUUUCGCUUGCCGCAAAAAAACAUACACCAAAAAAUCGCGCAGAAAUAUUGGCAGUGAUGGCUCACACGAAGACGCGUAGAACCUACGGAUUUCUGCUGGUGCUCCUGAUCCUGGGCAGCGCCUGCGGCAGUUUGGUGGCCAGUGGCAGUGCCGCCAGUGCAGCCUCCAAUGAACCAGGAGGCGGCGGCCUCUCCGAACAGGUAAUACUGGAUCAACUUAGCGAAAGCGACCUGUACGGCAACAACAAGCGCGCCUGGCAGUCGCUGCAGAGUUCGUGGGGCAAGCGGUCGUCCGGCGGAGAUUCGGGGGAUCCGGACAUCUACAUGACCGGACACUUUGUGCCACUGGUGAUUACCGAUGGCACCAACACCAUCGAUUGGGAUACUUUCGAGAGGCUGGCCAGUGGACAAACAUCACCGCAGCAACAGCAGCAGCAACAGGUCCAGCAGCAAUCGCAGUCUGGCGAGGAUUUGGACGAGCUUGGAGGCGAACGGGAUGUGGAGAAGCGGGCCUGGAAGAGCAUGAACGUGGCCUGGGGAAAGAGGAGGCAGGCGCAGGGCUGGAACAAGUUCAGGGGCGCCUGGGGCAAGCGCGAACCCACCUGGAACAACCUGAAGGGCAUGUGGGGCAAGCGCGACCAGUGGCAGAAGCUCCACGGCGGAUGGGGCAAACGCUCCCAGUUGCCCAGCAAUUAAGCCCGCACAGAACCAGAAUCAAAAUCGGAACAGGAACAAUUAACCAGACUUAAUAAUCCACCUGUAUCUAACCGUAUUUAGCAUGUGUGUUUCCUCCUCCGGAGGCGUUCCGUUCUCAGUGUCCAUGUCGCAUUAGGUUGCCCGGAAAUUCUCCCGGUCCCCCGAAAGCCACUGAAAGUCAAUUCCGAAAAUGUAUGAAAGCGCUCGCCAGGAUGAAGGGAUCCUGAUGACAAGCGAUCCGGAUCGCCGUCUCGAUCAGCCAGUAUUAUACGCAUUAUAUCAGUAUGUCUAGUCAACUAUUCACCCCUAGCACCUAGUUUCCAAGUAUACAAGAGGACCUUUCCGAGGAAUUCCGCUUUAAUUUAGAAACGUUAACUAAGUUAAUGAAUUGUGCAUAUACCUUUAUACUUAAAUAUACAUCAAUACCUACGAAAUGGCAACUAUCAAUAUUAAAUACAAAUACGUUGAAAGUAUU